GGCAGCUUCCCGAUGGCCAGAGGCUGACUUCUACUCCCGCCGACCGCUCCCCGGGGGUGGGGAGGGGGGUGGAGGGGGGGGGAGAGAGAGAGAGAGGAAAGAGGAGAGAGCGAGAGCCGCGCCAGGCCUCCCGGCCCCCGCAGCCCUGCACCAGUCGGAGGCUGCGCCGCCAGCGCGCACCCGAGCUCCCGCCUGCCGGGCCAGCCCGCUCCGGGGACAGCGCAGCCCCGGGUGCCCCCGGGGGCGGCCCGGGCCCCGCAACAGCUCCGGGCUUUUUUUUUCCCCCUCGGUCACGAUGGCCAGCUACCCGGAGCCCGAGGACCCCGCGGGGACCCUGCUGGCCCCGGAGGGAGGCGGGCGGACGCUCCAAGAGCCCGAGGCGCCACCGCCUCCACCGCCGCCUCCGCCGAGCCCCGGCAAGGGCGCCUCCUCCGGGCCGGCGGCUGCGGAGAAGCCGGACCCGGCGCAGAAGCCCCCGUACUCGUACGUGGCCCUCAUCGCCAUGGCCAUCCGGGAGAGCGCCGAGAAGAGGCUCACCCUGUCGGGCAUCUACCAGUACAUCAUCGCCAAGUUCCCGUUCUACGAGAAGAACAAGAAGGGCUGGCAGAACAGCAUCCGCCACAACCUCAGCCUCAACGAGUGCUUCAUCAAGGUGCCGCGCGAGGGCGGCGGCGAGCGCAAGGGCAACUACUGGACGCUCGACCCGGCCUGCGAGGACAUGUUCGAGAAGGGCAACUACCGGCGCCGGCGCCGCAUGAAGAGGCCCUUCCGGCCGCCCGCCGCCCACUUCCAGCCGGGCAAGGGGCUUUUCGGGGCCGGGCCCGCGCCGGGGGGCUGCGGCGUGGCGGGCGCCGCGGGCGCCGACGGCUACGGCUACCUGGCGCCCCCCAAGUACCUGCAGUCGGGCUUCCUCAACAACUCCUGGCCCCUGCCGCAGCCCCCCUCGCCCAUGCCCUACGCCUCCUGCCAGAUGGCGGCCGCCGCCGCCGCCGCAGCAGCAGCAGCCGCCGCCGCCGCCGCCACCGGCCCGGGCAGCCCCGGGGCGGCCGCGGUGGUCAAGGGGCUGGCGGGCCCCGCGGGCUCCUACGGGCCCUACCCCCGCGUGCAGGGCAUGGCGCUGCCCCCGGGCGUGGUGAACUCCUACAACGGCCUGGGGGGUCCCCCCGCCGCGCCCCCCCCGCCGCCGCCGCCGCCCCCGCCCCACCAGCAUCCUCAUCCUCCUCAUCCCCACGCGCACCAUCUGCACGCCGCCGCCGCCGCCGCCCCCCCUCCGGCCCCGCCGCACCACGGGGCCGCCGCGCCCCCCCCGGGCCAGCUCAGCCCCGCCAGCCCGGCCGCCGCCGCGCCCCCGGCCCCCGCGCCCAGCGCCGCGCCCGGCCUGCAGUUCGCCUGCGCCCGGCAGCCCGAGCUCGCCAUGAUGCACUGCUCCUACUGGGACCACGACAGCAAGGCCGGCGCGCUGCACUCGCGCCUGGAUCUCUGAUGGGGUCCGCAGGAGCCGGGCCCCGGCGGGGGGGAGGGUCGCGGCCGCCCCCUCGGGGGGCCGGGGGAGCGCGCGCUCCGGGGACGGCCGCGGCCCUCCAGCCUCC